ACAGGUAUUACAUUUCCAGCACGCUACAUAAUAUCCAGACGUGGUACACAACUGGUGCUGUUUAGACACAAUACAUAUACACCAAACUCAAAAAUAAAACCCGAAUCUCUGAAACGUGAUUGGAAGUGUUCCAUGUAUCACAAGGCAAAAUGCAAGGCUCGUUUGGUCACCAAAUUUACAUCUGCUGGCGAUAUAAUACAUGUAACAUGUGCCAUGCACUCUCACCCCCCUAUGUAUCCUCCAAUGUUUUUCAAGCCACCGCAAUAAGCAAUAACAAAUUAGUAACACAGUGAGUUGUACAAAUAAGUAACAUGUUUUGUGGAAUAUUAAACAAAAAAGCAUUCCCCAUAGGAGUAUUAAUAUUUCUCAGGAAAAUUUAUUAGAACAUUAUUACCAUAAUAACAUACAUACAUUUUCAUACUUAAUUUAUUUUUGUGUAUAAAAAAUUUUGUUUUUAGAGAAAAUUGUUAAAACAUAUUAAUAAAUAUCCAUUUGAGAACGUAAAUUACAUAUAUUAUAUAUUUAUUUUCAUGGUAUUUUCUGUGUAAUAUAUUUAUUUU